AACUGACGUACUCUGAGCCUCAACAGCUUGCUACCCGCUUCACAUGGCUUUCUUCUACAAGUUUUUUUUUCUUUCCCUUUCUGCGAUCGUCCCCUUAAAGCCUCACUACGUUUUCCGGAUAUUCACUUGCCUAGCAUUAUGAGUAUUGCAGGCUCUACAUCGUUAGACCAAGGAACAUAACAUGUGACCCUGUCGUAGUAAUGCGACUGGCGAGCAUAGCGCUUCGAGAUGUGAGGUCGAAGCGUUUCUUCCUCCAUCCUCACCCCCCCUUCUCUCGCCAUCGUUCCCAACGGCCCCCAUGGGAUACGGGAUUAUCUCCUACGCAAUAUAUACGAUGUUGUCAGAGAUAUUUCUCGGGUGGAGCCUCAGGCAGCUCCGAGCCUUCUGCUAUUCUGUCAGAUUUAGCUGAUAGCUUGCGGGCGACUCAGAGCCCCGCGCAGCAGCGGGACCCGGCCUUUCCGUUGAUUCAAAAGAUGAAGCUAUUUGGGAAAUGGAGCUCGCUGGUGACGGAUCCGCAUCGUCUAUCCAUCGAAUCCGACUUCUAUCGACGUGGGCCGGCUAAAAAUUGGAACCGUGAACUGCUGGUUGAUAAGUUUGAAAACCACGGCGAUUUCGCUCUGUGGAGUUGUCUCCUAGACUACCAACAAAGAAUCAAUGGGGAUGCCGGUGUUGUGGACGUCUGGAGGGGGCUUUGGGGACGUAAAUCACUGCACCAGGUGCACAGUCCCCUUGCGCUGGUGUUCUGGCAGACGGUCUUGGAGACGGCGGUCACGCUGAACAAUGACGAAUUCCUAACCGGCAUUUGGAUAUACAGCGAGUGGAUGUACGACUUGUACGGUGUGAAAUGGCCACAUCUCUACGCCACCGUGAUGACACACUUUCUGCAAACUCACCAGCACCAGCGAGUUCUGCAGUGGCAAUUGCGGCUGGCCCUCCAUUUCUACCCAGGUCCAGAGGAGUUUGCGAGGAUCGUAAAGCAUUUUGCGAGCGACCCCGAGCUCUACCGUAAGCCUACCCUCGAAACACUUUACACCAUUAACCGUGAUCACCAACUCUACGACAUCCUCGUCCCACAUCUAUAUAACCUGGGAGCAUCCCAGUUGGCAAGAAGAUGGCGACGUAUUUGCACAUGCUACGACGAUGUACCUCUAGAUCCUAGAUCUGCGGCGCCUUUUCUAAGAUUCAUGCAAGGAUAUUUUUCUUACGAAACGCUUCUCCCCGAAGAGACUGCUGUCUUGAGCGGCCCCGAACCUCAACCCCUGAAUGACGGCGACCGAGUGGAUAUAUCUCGGGAGUUUAUGAACCGCGUGGAGGGUAGCACGUUCGGUAUCAGCGUCAAGAACUACGAUGACAGCUUGGGCGCCCAAUGGCUGGCCAGCUCUUGGGUCUCUCUGGACACGGGGAUAUCGACCAUCUCGGCCCUAGGAAUUGAGCAGAUUGGGCCUCUGUCCCUGCAGUCAAUUGCCUUAAGAGAAGGCACGUCAGCGGGCGUACUGAAACGUGUUGAACAGCUUGCGGAGCACGGUAUAUCUGUCGUCGACUCGAAUUAUCGGAGGUUGGUGCUUUACUUGGCCAAUAUAAAGGAUGAUGAACUUCUUCUCGACCUCCUAGGCAGCGAUUUUCAUCCGGAUGUCUUUGAAGACUCGAACUUGCAGGCACAGCUCAUCCUCUCCACCGCUCAGGCAGAGGAUUGGCGGACGCACCGCCUCCUUUUGGUUACCAGACUCGUCGUGAUGGAAAAGUCGGCACGGGAAGCGAGCAAUAUUCUCGCCCACACGUACAUAUUGCGGAAGGACCGACUUGGGCUUUGGAAGCUCCUCGGUGAUAUGAAGACUAUGAAUCUUCAGAUUAACCGCGAGCAUACCGACCUCCUUUUCGAGAGCCUCCUCACCGAAGCCAAGUCUACUUUUCUUCCCCAGGAAUCACUCUACUUCCAUCUGUCAAUUUGCCGGCAGCUGACGUCCAUGGAAGUGGCGGUGCCGAUUCGUUGCUGGAGAAAACUUCUAUUCUGUCUUGCUCGACAGGGAAGAAUAGACCACUUGGAAAAAGUCUGCGUCGAAUUGGUGGAUUUAUUUGCCUCGUCGGAAUCCUCGCGCCCGGGGUUCGUACUGAUGCAUCCGGAUGAUGUGCCUGAACCCAUGAGAAAGUCACAACCAGACAUUGAGAACCCCCAAGGCAUAUAUUUCCCUCUAGAUUUACCCUCCAAAUUGCGGCUCCAUCCGCUGCGCCAGUUGUUCGAUAUUAAGUUGCUGGGCACUAUCGUGCGCUGUUCGUUCUAUUUCUCCUUGAGUCGGCGUCGCAGGAUAGCCCCCCUAUUUCGCGACCGUCCCCAGCUGCCAUUCGGGUCCGACUGCGGUCGGGUGGUCCGGCUCAUGCGGGUGCUCUGUGGCAAGGGCCUAUUCCUAGACAGGAUGCGCCUGGCCACCUGGAUCAAGGUGCGGCUCGUCUCGCUCUACGGCCCCACCUACCCACUCAAGCGGGAUUGGCAGAUCAUCAGGGCGAGCAACUCGUGGACGCUGGAGCGGAUGAAGGAACUGCUCGACGAGGCUUGGGGCGGCGAGCUCCUCCCGCCGAUCGAGGAUCUAAGGGCCGAUAUAGAGAAGCGCGGUCGUAAGAUAGUGGAGAAGGAUGCGGAAUUUGUAGAGAGCAUAGGGAUGCCUGCUCGUCGGGUUCACCGUGUAAUAUGAAGUUCGCUUUUGAGAUGCUUCACGUACGGACAUAUCGGGUGUGGAGAGCGUGCACGCGCGGGUGUAAACGGGUUUCAAACCUGUUGGAUCUUACUAAAGAACGAAUUGGCAUUGUCCUAUAGCAUAUGGAAUUAAAUUU